AUGUUUGCAGGCUCCGGCGAGAGUGGGAAAUCGACGAUUGUAAAACAAAUGAAGAUCAUUCAUUUAAAAGGAUAUUCCGAGGAAGAGCUGCAUGCCUAUCGCGCCACCGUUUUUAAAAACCUGAUUGAAUGCGCCAAGGCCGUCAUCAACGCAAUGGAUCAAUUCGAUAUCGAACCGAGCAACCCUGCGAAUCGAGAACAUUGCAACUUUUUAUUAAGUUACACAGUAGAAUCGGGUCCCUCGGCGCAUAUCGACUUCAGGGUGGGCCAGGCGGUUCAGUCGAUAUGGAGCGAUCCAUGCAUAGAGCGACUAAUGGAUCAUCAGACCGAGUUCUAUCUCAUGGACUCGGCAGGAUACUUCUUUGAUGAGGUACAGAGACUAUGCGCGCCGGAUUAUCUUCCAAAUGAGAUGGACGUGCUCCGAGCAAGAACAAAGACAACGGGUAUCUAUGAGACCCGCUUCCAGAUGGGAGCUCUGAGCAUUCACAUGUUCGACGUUGGAGGCCAAAGGAGCGAACGUAAGAAGUGGAUCCAUUGUUUCGAGAAUGUUACGUCGAUCAUCUUUUGUGUGGCCCUGAGCGAGUACGAUCAAGUGCUGCUGGAAGAGAGCAGUCAGAACCGAAUGAUGGAGAGUCUCUUGCUGUUUGACUCUGUUGUCAAUUCGAGGUGGUUUAUGCGGACAAGCAUCAUCCUGUUCCUGAACAAGGUCGAUAUUUUCAAGGUCAAAUUGCCUAGGUCACCCCUGGGCAACUAUUUCCCAGACUAUUCGGGAGGCAACGAUGUCAACAAGGCUGCCAAAUACCUGCUCUGGCGGUUCAACCAGGUCAAUCGAGCACACCUUAAUUUGUAUCCUCAUUUGACGCAAGCAACUGAUACGUCAAACAUCCGCUUGGUGUUUGCUGCCGUCAAGGAGACAAUCCUCAACAACGCCCUCAAGGAUUCCGGCAUCCUGUGA